AUGAAGCAAUAUGGCUUUGGAGCCUUGAAUACAACUUGGGUGCACGGUACCCAGUCUGCCCCUGCGACGGUUCUCGCGUUGGCGGAGCGGGAGAGCCGCAACAACCUGACGCUCAAUGCAACCCUGAACGUCACCCUGGGCUCGGAUUCGCAGAGCAGCUGGGAAGGUGAAAUUGACAUGUAUGUUUGCGAUGGAGGUAUGAUGCUGGGUCAGAUCAAAAUAACACUUCUGUGUCACCUGAAUGCGGAAGGCGGCGGCGUUGCAUUGGUGGCCAAGUUCAUCGUCAUGUCCUUGCUGGUGGGUGCCACGGUGGCCCUGCACCAACAUAAUCACAACCGCUUCGUCAAUAUGCUACUCGGCCGAGUUGAGCCGGGCUGGCAGUUUGAAGUUGAGGCUGUCAUGUCAGUGCUCACUCGUUUCAUGGUCAGGCCGUCCAAGGCCGUGCAUGCAGAUCAGCAUUUUGUCGGUGUCUGCCGGGUUUUGCGUGUUUUCCGGUGCACACAUAUGUGUAAGUGUGUCAGCCUAUCGGUAUCUGUCCAUCUCUUUUUCUGUCUUCUUGUCGUUUUGUAUGUCUGUCUGUCUGCCUGGCUGGCUGGCUGUACGUUUGCAGUUAAGUAUGUAUGUACCUAUGUAUGUACGUACGCAUGCACGCAUGCACGUAAUGUGUAG